AUGGAGGAGGUGGUGUUGAAAACUCUUUUAUUUGGGGGCGGAGACGAGCGAGUUGCAGCGGCAAGGGAAGUGGCUAAGUUGAGUAGCAAGCAAAGACAGAAGGUGGCUGAAAAGGGAGUUAUUUCGCCAUUGGUUUCGAUGCUAUGUGAACAAGAUUAUGAAGCCAUUGAUGCUGCACUCUUUGCUCUGCUCAGUCUGGCCUUUGGAAGUGAAAGAAACAAGAUUCGCAUUGCAAAAUCUGGUGCAAUACCAGAGAUUUUAAAGAUUCUUCAAUGCCAAAUCGAGCCAUUGCUUGACACUGCAGCAGCAGCCCUCUUGAUCCUCUCUUCGUGCACACAAAACAAGUCAGAAAUUGCAGCAUCUGGAGCGAUUCAACUUAUUAUUGAUCUCCUAAAUUUGAAUUGUGACAAUAUAAGUAUGCAGGCAAAGCUAGAUUUCACAUCAACUCUUCACAAUCUCUCAACAUGCCCACAAAGUGUUCGACAAAUUGCCCUGUCGGGUUGUGUAGUAUCACUGCUUCAGCUAAUCCAUGGCUUGGAAAAAUCAUCAGAUUUGGUAGAGAAAAUUAUGGGUUUGCUUGAAGAGAUUGUUUCUUCAUCUGAAAUCGCUCUAAAGGAGGCUGCGGAAACAAGGGACGUGAUAUCAGUAUUGGUGGAGGCUAUGGAGGAAGGAUCAGCACAAUGCAAAGAACAUGCAGUGGGAAUUCUUCUUGUUAUAUGCCAGAACUACAAACAUGGAUACGGAGGGGUGAUUUUGAGGGAAGGUGUAAUGCCAGGGCUUCUUCAGUUAAGUGUUGAUGGGACAUGGAGGGGCAAAGAAAAGGCCAAAGAAUUGCUUCUGCUUUUAAGAGAUGGCUCAAAGAGUGGAUCAAGAGGUAAACAAUCCAAAAAUGUGCUGUUGGAGAAGGUUAUGAGGAAGAUAGAUGGAGGAGAAAGAGGUGGAACCUCACUCAAGUUGGUUGAGGAGAUGAUUGCCAAACUUAGGACAUGA